UGCGAGCGCGUACGGUUUGCAUUCAAAAAUAUUCAAACGUUAAGGGUGUUUUAACGGUUUUAAACGUUUAAAAUUAUUUCUACAAUUUUGUUACAUUUUGGUUUAAAAAAAAGUUGGAUUUUUUUUUUUAAUAAAAAAAAUUUAUGGUUUAAGCAAAAAGUGUUAAAAAUAAUUGUGACUUUUGAAGAGAAAGAAUACAAAUUUUAAGAAUAAAAAUAUAUAUAUUUUUUUUAAUUAAAAAAGCUUUAUAAAAAUGAUGAUUAAAUAUAUUUUAUGGCUUAUAGCCAUAAUGCCUAUGUUUGGAAUAAGAGUACAAGGAUUUGAAAUGAAUAUGACCCAAUAUUAUAAAAUGCCUUCCCUAUACGAUUUGGAUGAUUAUGAUCGUUGCCUGCAAGAGUUCAAUGACUUCUCUAUGUAUUGUUUUGUACGCGCUGAUGUUAUACCACAAAGAGAUAAUAACAAUGAAGCUUGGCAGGCUAUUGAAGAAAUUUCCAAAUAUUAUAAACAUCAUUUCCAGCAUCGUCAUUUAUACUAUGGCAUUUGUGUACAGUGGUGUCAAUUGGAAAUCGAUAAAUUGUCGGAAGAUGAAGCAAAUGAUUUAUAUAAAGGAGUAUUAAUGAAUAAUACAAAGGUUAAUGUGUAUUUAAAUUUAUUUAAAUCAGAAGAUGUUAAUCGUCAACGUUAUAAUCAUUUGUUGAAUCAAUGCGUUAAUAUGCGUUUAAGGAAAUAUAAUUUAUCAGCUGAGAGCGUCAUAGAAUAUUGUGAGAGUAGUAAUAGAACAGUGGAGCAAGAUUCUUGGAAUUUAACAUUUUAUGCUGCAAUUGGAGUUCUAAUUCUAUUCGCCACAGGUAGCAGUUUGUUUGAUUUAUAUUUGAAGCACAAACGUAAAGAUAAAUUGUUAACAGAUCGUGAUCACUAUAAGGCAUCACCAGGAAAUUUAGCUUGCAAAAUAUGCGUUAGUUUUUCUAUAGCUCGCAAUUGGUAUCGUUUAAAUCAAGAACCUAAUGGUAAAAUUGGCCGAGAAUUAAGAUUCCUGGAUUGUUUUAAAUUUUUCUCCAUGUUUUUGGUAAUAUUUGCUCACACUAAUUGGGUAUUAUACGAAGGAGCCAUUAGCAAUCCCCAAGAUCCGGAGAGAUUAUUGCAUACAUUGGCGGGUACCUUAUUGGUAGCAGGAUCGCUGAUUACGGUAACAUUUUUUGUUAUAAGUGGUCUAUUGUUGACCAUCAAUUGGUUGGUGGUGGCUAAACAAAAUGAGGAAUUGUCUACGUUGCAGUAUAUUUCGUUAUUUAUUAAAUUUAAUGUAUUUCGUUAUUUAAGAUUGACUAUACCCUAUGCUUUUGUUAUACUUUGGAGUGGCAUUUAUUUCGAUAAUGCUGGUGGUCCUUUAUGGCGUCAUAUAUUGGAACGUGAACAAUUAUCGUGUCGCAAAAAUUGGUGGGCCAAUUUAUUAUAUUUAAAUAAUUAUAUUAACACAAAUGAACGGUGUAUGCUGCAAGGUUGGUAUUUGGCCUCGGAUACUCAAUCAUUUGUUUUGAGUUUGGUGUUCCUAAUGAUGGCUCAUAAAUGGCGCCGAGCUCGCAAUUGGAUUUUGGGCAUAGUAUUUGCUAUUUUUAUGGUUUUACCUGGUAUUGUAACUUAUGUUAAGGAAUUGAAUGCCAUCUUUAUACCCACUCCUCAAAUUCAACGUGAUUCUUUUGUGGAAAGUCGCCAAUUUAAUGAAUUCUAUGUUCCUUUUCACAUGAAUUUCGCCUGCUAUUUCUGUGGUGUUUUGGCUGCUUUGAUAUAUGAUCAUGUGUCUUCGAAACAAAUAAAAUUACGUCAAAAUAAAUGGUUCCAUACAUUUUUCUACAGUCUUAUUGUCACUGCCAUAUUGUGGAUGUUUACGGGUCAUACUUUCUUACAACAAUAUCAUGAUGAAGAUAUGCGUUUGUGGAAUAGUUUAUAUGCUGCUAUUCAACGUAAUGUUUGGGGUAUGGGUUUGGGUGUGUUUAUUGUCGGAAUGUCAUCAAAAUGUGGAUGGAUUUUCCGUAAAUUCUGCUGUCUACCCAUUUUCCGUAUAUUGGGCCGUUUAACUUAUGGUGCUUUUAUGGUACAUCUACUAAUAUCACGUGUGGUUAUAGCAACAUUAAGAGAACCAAUUUAUUUUGGAACAGGAAUGAUGUUUGCCUUUAUAGUUUUUACUAUGUCUGCCUCCUAUGUAGUGUCAUUUGUUUUGGCCAUAUUACUUGAACUGCCAGUAUCAUCAUUUUUAAAAUUAUUACGAUGAUUUCUUAUCCAUCACAUCUUUAAGCUUAAGUUAAUUUAUAGAGUUUUGUAAAAUAUAUAAUUUUUUUACUUAAUUUAUUUAGAUUUAAGCACGAAAUACUCAAAAAUUAUUAAA